AUGCCCCCUGAGGAACAACAACCGCAUCAGGUGACACGCACUGACACUCCGCAAGAUGCAGUCAAACCUUCUGCCGCUGAUCUAUCGUCUGUGGAGGAGGGUGGCGAAUUUCUGAAAUGCACUUCCGGAGGAUGUGGUGUAAGAGCCAAACGAUAG